AUGAUUCACAAUCAUUCUCCAAUUUGCCCGGUGUGCUUGAUCAAGGGACAUUCCUCGGAAACCUGUCCGUUGUACGUCUCAGCCGUGCAUCAUAUCUCGGCCCCCGUGGAUGGUCUUAAAAGGAGUUGGAUGGAUCUCGGCCAGAAUGGGCCGUUGCUAGGGGGUGCUCUAUUCUUGGCAAGCAAAGUCAUCGAUAUGGCCCCCCACGCAUUCUGGCCCAGACAGCAGCAGGUGGGUACUAUAAACAUGGAAACGUAUAGACGGGACUGGCGCGAUGGCAAGCUAUUGGCCGAGUUGAGGAUCAUUGGGGACGCGUCUGAGGAGCCCGAGCAUGCGACCUGGCGGAUUGACAGACAUACAUUCAGCCUUCUCGAGAACCAUGCCGGCAUACACUGGGAGGGGUUAGAUUCCCGGUCCUCUCAGCCCAUUUGAUGGGUUCGACUCCGUAUCUAAUUCCUUUGACUAGAAAUAUCACCGAGACAGCCUACUGGGCUCGAGUGGAGUUUCAAGAGUGGGUACUCCUGCCCGAACCCUGUGGUUGUCGACUGACAUGUUGUGACUUCUUAGUAUAC